AUGCGAAAUUUGUCUUGCGUUUCCUUCUUCAUCAAGCCGGCAUUAUUCCUGCUGUCUGCUGCUGCGAAGACUUUUGAGGAGCCUCAAAAGCCGUUUCAGAGCCUGGAUUUGCACUCUCUCAGUGAACGUCAAAGCCUGCUGUCUGCUGCUGCGAAGACUUUUGAGGAGCCUCAAAAGCCGUUUCAGAGCUUGGAUUUGCACUCUCUCAGUGAACGUCAAAGCCUGCUGUCUGCUGCUGCGAAGACUUUUGAGGAGCCUCAAAAGCCGUUUCAGAGCCUGGAUUUGCACUCUCUCAGUGAACGUCAAAGCCUGCUGUCUGCUGCUGCGAAGACUUUUGAGGAGCCUCAAAAGCCGUUUCAGAGCCUGGAUUUGCACUCUCUCAGUGAACGUCAAAGCCUGCUGUCUGCUGCUGCGAAGACUUUUGAGGAGCCUCAAAAGCCGUUUCAGAGCCUGGAUUUGCACUCUCUCAGUGAACGUCAAAGCCUGCUGUCUGCGGCUGCGAAAACUCCUCUGACCCAUCUUCAUCCCAAUAUCGACCGCGGCAUCGUGUCGACUCAAAACGAGGGAAAAGGGAAAGGGAUGGCGCGUUCCCACGGCGUGGCUGUGACGCGACGCUCUGGCCUCGUGCUCGCUGCACUGGCUGCUCUCAUGCUCUCAGGUGUGCACUCAGGUCUGCGCUCCUCUAAUGCUCUGCUCACAUUGCUGCUCUCAUGCUCUCAGGGGUUCUUUCGGCCUUCCUUUCCCUGCCUCCUCAUUCCAUCCUCCUCUACAUUCCUCUCUCCCCCCUGCAACCCACCCCCCCGCUCCCCCCCUCUUCCCCGACUCCCCUCCCACCCAACCCAACCGCUCUCAGCCUGUGCGCCCGGAGUUGCUGCUGUUCGCCUGCCAUCUGCGAGCAAGGCAGCCGACCACUCGUGCGUGCAUAGGAAGUGUGGUGCCAAUGCGGUCUGUGUGAAGGAAAGGGGGAACGCCAGAUGCACCUGCAACCCUGGAUUCUCCAUGACCCCCACUGGCUGUGUUGGUGCUGACGCAUGCGCACUCAAGGCUUGUGGCAGCAAUGGCAAGUGUAUCAAGGACAGUGCAGGAGUGGCGUCCUGUGUGUGUGACACUGGCUUUGUGCUGCAGACUGAUGGCAUCACAUGCACCGACACAUGCGCACUCAAGUCCUGUGGUGUGAACGGCCGGUGCAUCAAGGACGCAAUUACUGGAGUGGCGUCCUGUGUGUGUGACACUGGUUUUGCGCUGCAGGCGGAUGGCAGGACGUGCACUGAUACCUGUGUCAUCAAGGGCUGCAACGCUGUGGUUACCGAUUGCGUGAAGGACACUGCAGGCGCCGCCUCCUGUGUUUGCAAGGCGGGCUACCAGAACGUAUCAGGCACAUGCAUGGGGCCUGCCUCUUGUGGGACCUGCCCCCCAGGAGCCACCUGCGUUGUGGUGCCUUACACCAAAGCCGCCUACUGCCUCUGCCCUCCUGGAUUUGGCAUGACCACCACUGGUUGCGACCUCGGCGCCACCCCCACCGUCUCCUCGACCAGCUUCUCCUUCUACACACUCCCGAGCUUCGGCAUAACACCCGCCGCCUACACCAUGCGCCUCACCUACAACGGCUGCACCAACCUCACAGCAUCAACUGCUCUAGACAUCCAGUCAUACUGCGACGUGGAGCGGGCGCCUGGGGGCGCGGGCGACUGCACUGAGAUACGCCACUUUACCCCUCCCUUCUCCAAGCUUAACCUCUCCCUUUACCUCUUCCCUUCCGUCUCCCUCUUCCUCGCCCUCUCCUCUCCUCCCUCUCUCGCAUGCACUCCUUUUUCCCAUAACCCAUCUUGCCGAGCGUGA